UCAUAUUAUAGUAUGACACCAAAAUGUCAUGGUUUAGUAUGUGUUUGGGGGGAAGAGGAAUAUGAAACGAAAUAAACGCAGUAUAAUAACAGUAGAUGCUUGCACUGCAAUGCACUUCUCACUAGAAUGCCUUGCAGCAGUGUCCGGAUUUGUGUGUAAAAGCAGAAUAGUUUUGUUUCUCCUGCCAGUCAGAAGUAUGUUCAGCAAUGUGCAAAACUGUGUUUGUGUGUGUGUCUAGUUUGUGGAGGCAGAAGCUCUGUCCCAGAGUGUGGUCUCCAUGGGGAAGGAAGCUGGAGAAUUUCUACCCAAGGCCUACUUGGCUCUGGGACUCUGCUACAGUCUACAGGCCUCUGAUGCUUCCCUCAAAGCAGAGCGGGACGAAUUCAACAAAAAAGCACUUCGGGUUCUGAGCAAAGCUCACACGUUAGACCUUCUGGAUGCUCAGAUUGCUAUGUACUUGGCUCUGCAGCUGGCACUCGUACGCCAGGUAUCCGCAGCCAUGGAGCCCCUGCAGGCGGCGCUCUCUCUUCAUGGGGACGACUUGCACUCCCUCCACCUACUGACCCUGCUGCUCAGCGCCCAGAAACACCACCGUCAUGCCUUGGAAACCCUGGGCCUGGCCCUCAGCCAGCACCCCGACAACUUCAAUUUGCUGUUCACAAAGGUGAAGCUGGAGGAGGCCCUGUUUGGUCCGGCCACAGCUCUGCAGACCUGUGAAGUGAUGCUGCAGCGCUGGCAGAGCUGCUAUGACGUCGGUCGCUCCAGUGAGACAGAUGACAGCAGCAGCAUACCGGUGGCUGAGAGGGCAGAGGUCAGCCCCGGAGGCAGGAAAUCCUCCAUCCACCUGACCCUGCCUGACUUCCAGGACACCUCCACUGGUUCACUGAGUCCGUCGUCAGUUGCACUGUCUCGCCUGGAGGCGGCGCUCUCUGAGGUGUCGGACAUUAGCUCCUCCCGCCGCCAAGGACCCGCCUACAUCUGGACCACGCUGGAACACAUCUGGCUGCAGGCUGGAGAGCUGUUCAUGGCAGAUGGACGGUUAAAGGAGGCCCAGUUCUGCAUAGCUGAGGCAAGCGCGAUCUUCCCCAACUCACACUCGGUGCUGCUGCAGCGGGGCCGUCUGGCCGAGCUCCGGGGCCAACUGGACGAAGCCAAAGGCCUGUACGAUGAAGCUCUGGCCAUCCAUCCCACAGGAGAGCGCAUACUGGUGCACAUGGGUCGUUUGCUUGUGAAAAGUGGGCGUGUCCACCUUGGCGAGAAGGUCCUGCGCGAUGCAGUCCAGGUCCACAGCACCUCACACGAGGCGUGGAGCUGCCUGGGCGAGGCUCUGCAGUCUCGAGAUGCCGGCCAGGCCCCCGACUGCUUCUUAACAGCACUGGAGCUUGAGGCGUCUUGUCCCAUCCGGCCCUUCACCAUCGUCCCCAGAGAGCUAUGAGGGGUCUGGGCUGUGAUGGUGGUCUCAGAUAAAGUUAAUGUUAAUUGCCCUGAAUAAUUGCACUGUCACUGUGUGCUAGGUGGGACAAUGUUCCUCAGAUGAAUAGUUUGACAUUUUUUGGAAAGAGAAGACGGAUACCACUGGGAAAGAGUUUUUACUGCAUGAACUGUCUGAAUGUCUAGUUUAACUAGUGCAACACCAGCAUCUCAGGCUUCAACUGACUCAGAAUCACAUGCAUGGCACUUUGCCUUGUGUAGCCUCUCUUUUGGCACAGCUGUCUUUAGGCAUGUUUAAGUGGCUCAUUUAGCAAUAUGUCUCUCACAUUUCUACCACACUGCACACACUGGUGCACACAGUAAGACCCCUGCCAAGUUUAAAGCCAGUCAACUGACCCGUUUGACAGUCGCACGAUUAACAGCGAGACAGAUGGAUUGAGAGACUAGGACAGCAACUUGGUUUCCAUUCAAAUUCAUGGCAAAUCUUAAAUUUGUGAUAUUUCUUUGAAGAGUAGACGUUUUGUAAUAGGACGUGAAAGACGUUAGGUUUCACUUUGACUGUUAAUUGUGUUAUUGUAAGUGUGUGUGUAUCACUGUCAGACUUUAAUUUAUUACAGUAAUACUUAAGCUGUACAUUCCUAGCAUCUCCAUAUAGGGAUGUCCCGAUUUUGUUAUCGGAUAUCUGUCCGAUAUCAGGAAAAAAAAAAGGAAUCGGACUGCCUCUAAAGUCUCUGAUAUAAGCGCUCCGAUACAAGCAGUCUUUCCGAUCCAGCACUUCUAUCCAGCAGCGCUUGUUGUGAUCACGUGGUAGGUAGCCGUUAGCACCACGCUAGCUCAUGCUGAGGCGAGCUGCUAAAACAACAUUAUUUUAUAAACCAGCGCCACCUGUCGACUUUCAACAGCCUCCGUUUGUUAAUUAUACCACAAAAAACAGCCAUGCCAAGAGGCUUCUGUGUUUUAAAUGUGUCCUGAAGCUCCACACAAGGAGCUAAGUACGUCUGCGGGUUUACCUGCGGGACGAGUCACUCACAGUGUGUGGGUUGGGCUAAUCCAAAAUAGUGAAAACAAGGGGAGGUGUUCUCUGAAGACACUCUGUUACCUGUGAAACACGGGUGCUCUGCAAACACCCCCAUUAGCCCUUGGUACUUUCCUCCUGAUGAAAUUAAAAGUAGACUGUAUGAAAUUAACAUGGCAAAAAAUCAAAUAUUUUUAUGUUGAAGGUUAAAAUUUAUGUAACCCAUCAGUUAAUAAUAAAUGGUUCAGUUUUUCUUAUACCCAUUGUUGCUGACUGUUGUUCUCUGUUUAAGUAAUAUCACUUGAUCAAGCCUAUCAAGUGAACAUUCCACACUACAAAAUAAGAAAUUAAAGUAUGUAUGAUUUGUGCUGAUAUCGUAUCAGAUCAAUAUCAGUAUUGGCCAGUACUCCAGGCUACAAUAUCAUUAUCGUAUCGGAAGUGAAAAAGUUGUAUCGGGACAUCCCUAUCUCCAUGUUGGAUGGAAACGAUCAGGAUUAGGAUCCAGAUUUUUUUUUUGCACGGACGUAUGGGGAAAUAAUAUUGUAAUAAGGUCUGAAUCAACGUACAUCUCCCAUGGCAGCCAAUGGCAGGUGACAUAAUGUGAGUAAUAAUCAGAACCACAGUCUAUCACAGUGAUGUCCUGUUUGUGUCUGGGGGGGUAAAAUGUUGAAAUGCAGAUGCAUGGAUUAUGUACAGACGCUCCACUUCAUCUUAAGUCUUGAAUGCCUUUUUUUUUUGAUUGACACAGCUUGUAUGUAUACAUGUACUCAAUUUCCACCCAGCUAGAAGAGACUGAUCAUUUCACAUGUGUGUUUCCAUACAGUGUGUCUUUACAUGUUGCAUCACAAUGUGUAUGAGUGUUUAUUGAAGACCAUCUCUCUUGGG